AUGGCCCCCUCCGGAAAGGGCCCUCAAGGUGAGGCCCACCAUGGCUCCGUCUUCUCCGUCUCCGGUCCCGUCGUCGUGGCCGAGAACAUGAUCGGCUGUGCCAUGUACGAAUUGUGUCGUGUCGGGAAAGAUCAGCUCGUCGGUGAAGUUAUCCGUCUCGAUGGUGAUAAGGCCACCAUUCAGGUCUACGAGGAAACUGAUGGUGUGACGGUCGGCGACCCUGUCGAGAGGACGGGUAAGCCCCUAGCGGUGGAACUGGGACCUGGUUUGAUGGAAACGAUCUACGACGGUAUCCAACGCCCCCUGAAAGCGAUCUACCACCAGUCCAAAGGAAUUUACAUCCCCCGUGGUAUUACUGUGAACGCGCUGGAUCGCGAGAAGAAAUGGGACUUCAAGCCCGGGCAAUACAAAGUGGGCGACCACAUCACCGGAGGUGACGUCUGGGGUUCCGUGUUCGAGAACAGCUUGAUGAACGACCAUAAGAUCCUUCUCCCCCCCCGCGCUCGGGGUACCAUUACCCGUAUCGCAGAGGCUGGAAGCUACACCGUCGAGGAGAAGCUUUUGGAAAUCGAAUUUGACGGCAAGAAGUCCGAGUUCGGUAUGAUGCAGACCUGGCCCGUCCGUGUACCCCGUCCGGUCAACGAGAAGGUUCCAUCCGACGCACCCUUCAUCGUCGGCCAGAGAGUGCUGGACUCUCUGUUCCCUAGUGUGCAGGGUGGUACCGUCUGUAUUCCUGGUGCUUUCGGAUGCGGCAAGACUGUCAUUUCCCAGUCUGUGUCCAAGUUCUCCAACAGUGAUAUCAUCGUCUACGUUGGCUGUGGCGAGCGUGGUAACGAGAUGGCUGAAGUGUUGAUGGACUUCCCCGAGCUUUCGAUCGAGAUCGAUGGUCGCAAAGAGCCUAUUAUGAAGCGUACAUGUCUUAUCGCCAAUACAUCCAACAUGCCUGUCGCCGCGCGUGAGGCCUCCAUUUACACCGGUAUCACUAUUGCCGAGUACUUCCGUGACCAGGGUAAGAACGUGGCUAUGAUGGCUGAUUCCAGUUCUCGUUGGGCCGAGGCGCUUCGUGAACUUUCCGGUCGUCUGGGAGAGAUGCCUGCAGACCAGGGUUUCCCCGCCUAUCUGGGUGCCAAGCUUGCUUCCUUCUACGAACGUGCUGGAAAGAGUGUUGCUUUGGGAAGCCCCGAGAGGAUCGGCAGUGUCAGUAUUGUCGGUGCCGUCAGCCCUCCUGGUGGUGAUUUCUCGGAUCCUGUCACCACGAGUACCCUCGGUAUCGUCCAGGUGUUCUGGGGUCUCGACAAGAAGCUGGCCCAGCGAAAGCAUUUCCCUUCCAUCAACACUUCGAUGUCCUACAGUAAAUACACGACCAUCCUGGACAAGUUCUACGAGAAGGACUACCCCGAGUUCCCCCGCCUGCGUGACCAGAUUCGUGAGCUGUUGACCAAGUCCGAAGAACUGGACCAGGUCGUGCAGCUGGUUGGUAAGGCUGCCCUGGGUGAUUCUGAUAAGAUCGCUUUGGAUGUGGCGGCCAUGGUGAAGGAUGAUUUCCUUCAGCAAAACGGAUACAGUGACUACGAUCAGUUCUGCCCUCUGUGGAAGACGGAAUAUAUGAUGAAAGGCUUUAUGGGCUACCAUGACGAAGCGCAGAAGGCUAUUGCUCAGGGUCAAAACUGGGCCAAGGUUCGUGAAGCCACUUCCGACAUCCAGACUGCCCUGCGGAGCAUGAAGUUCGAGGUCCCGGAAAACCAACAAGAGGUCUCAGAGAAGGUUCGUAACCGUCUUCCUUGUUCGGCCUACAUUAGUGCUAACUCAGCGACUGCAGUUCACAAUCCCAUCGACUUGCCUCAGAUUGCCGUCGUCGGUUCACAGUCCAGUGGUAAGAGUUCGGUGCUAGAAAAUAUUGUCGGACGGGAUUUCCUCCCCCGUGGGUCCGGAAUUGUCACUCGGAGACCCCUCAUUCUUCAACUGAUCAACAAACCCGCAACUCAAUCGAAUGGCGUUAAGGAGGAGAAGUUGGAUACAACGGAUAGCGCCGCCAACCUAGAUGAGUACGGAGAGUUCCUGCACAUUCCCGGCCAGAAGUUCCACGAUUUCAACAAGAUUCGCGAGGAGAUCGUGCGGGAAACGGAGUCCAAGGUCGGUCGCAAUGCCGGUAUCUCCCCUGCGCCGAUCAACCUCCGCAUCUACUCGCCCAACGUCCUGACCCUCACACUGGUCGACUUGCCCGGUUUGACUAAGGUUCCGGUCGGUGACCAGCCCAAGGACAUUGAGAAGCAAAUCAGGGAUAUGGUCCUGAAGUACAUCAGCAAACCUAACGCGAUCAUCCUUGCGGUCACCGCGGCCAACCAAGAUCUUGCCAAUUCCGAUGGUUUGAAGCUGGCACGGGAAGUCGACCCGGAGGGUCAGCGUACAAUUGGUGUCUUGACCAAGGUUGAUCUGAUGGACGAGGGAACCGAUGUCGUGGAUAUUCUUGCGGGCAGGAUUAUCCCGUUGCGCCUGGGUUAUGUGCCAGUGGUCAACCGUGGUCAACGUGAUAUUGAGAACAAGAGACCCAUCUCAUACGCUCUGGAGCAUGAGAAGAACUUCUUCGAGGGCCACAAGGCCUAUCGGAACAAGUCUUCGUACUGUGGAACGCCGUAUCUGGCGCGGAAGCUGAACUUGAUCCUUAUGAUGCACAUCAAGCAAACCCUGCCCGAUAUCAAAGCGCGGAUUUCGUCCUCCCUUCAGAAGUACUCCGCCGAACUUUCGCAGUUGGGAGAUUCCAUGCUCGGCAAUAGCGCUAACAUCAUCCUGAACAUCAUCACGGAGUUCAGCAAUGAGUAUCGUACGGUGCUGGAGGGUAACAACCAAGAGCUGUCCAGCAUUGAGUUGUCAGGUGGUGCUCGUAUCAGCUUCGUGUUCCACGAACUUUACUCCAACGGUAUCAAGGCGGUGGAUCCUUUCGACCAGGUCAAGGAUAUUGAUAUCCGGACGAUCCUCUACAACUCUUCGGGUUCAUCGCCUGCGCUUUUCGUUGGAACCACUGCCUUCGAACUGAUCGUCAAGCAGCAGAUCAAGAGGCUCGAGGACCCCAGCACGAAGUGUAUCUCCUUGGUGUAUGACGAACUGGUCCGCAUCUUAGGACAGCUCUUGAACAAGCAGCUGUUCCGCCGGUAUCCCAUGCUGAAGGAGAAGUUCCACGCCGUAGUCAUCAGUUUCUUCAAAAAGUGCAUGGAGCCGACCAACAAGCUUGUUCACGACCUCAUCAACAUGGAGGCGUGCUACAUCAACACGGGUCACCCUGAUUUCCUAAACGGACACCGCGCCAUGACUAUUGUGAAUGAACGCCAAGCCGGUAGUAAGCCUACCCAGGUUGACCCGAAGACGGGCAAGCCUCUCCCUCCCCGGGCGAACAGCCCGUCGGUCGAUCUCGGCAAUACGGAAAGCAGCAGCGGCUCUGGCUUCUUCGGCAGCUUCUGGGCUUCGAAGAACAAGAAGAAGAUGGCGGCCAUGGAGGCCCCACCGCCAACCCUCAAGGCAUCGGCCUCCUUGUCCGAGCGUGAGACGACCGAAGUUGAAGUGAUCAAACUUCUCAUUACGUCUUACUUUAACAUCGUGAAGCGGACCAUGAUCGACAUGGUUCCGAAGGCCAUUAUGUACAUGCUCGUUCAGUUCACCAAGGACGAGAUGCAGCGUGAACUCCUCGAAAACAUGUACCGCAACAACGAACUGGACGAGCUCCUGAAGGAAAGUGACUACACCGUGCGGAGGCGCAAGGAGUGCCAACAGAUGGUGGAGAGUCUGUCCCGCGCCAGCGAGAUUGUCAGCCAAGUCCAGUAA